GGCCGCGCACGGUCCCGACGCGCCUGGCGGCUGCGGGCGGGGAGCGGCCGCCGCAGCUCGGUGAGGCCGAGGAAGGGAAGGGCGGCCAUGGACAGGUUCUCGUGGACCACGGGGCUGCUGGAGCUGGGGGAGACGCUGGUGGUCCAGCAGCGCGGCGUGCGCCUCAGCGACGGGGAAGAGAAGGUGAAAUUUGAUAGUGGAGUUUUACUGCUUAGCACGCAUAGACUGAUCUGGAGGGAUCAGAAGAAUCAUGAGUGCUGCAUUGCUGUACCUCUGUCUCAGAUCGUGUUUAUUGAAGAGCAAUCAUCCGGGAUAGGAAAAAGUGCCAAAAUAGUAGUUCAUCUUCACCCUGCUUCUUCAAACAAAGAACCUGGUCCAUUCCAAAGCAGCAAAUAUUCCUAUAUCAAGCUUUCUUUCAAAGAACAUGGGCAGAUUGAGUUCUAUAGGCGAUUAUCAGAAGAAAUGACACAAAGGAGAUGGGAGAGCAUGCCUACUGGUCAAGCCAUGCAAGUUAACAAGGAUCCACAGGCAGGAAGAAUAAGGGCUGUAGGAAUUGUAGGGAUUGAAAGGAAAUUAGAGGAAAAAAGAAAAGAGACUGACAAAAACAUUUCCGAGGCUUUUGAGGAUCUUAGCAAACUAAUGGAGAAGGCUAAGGAAAUGGUGGAAUUAUCCAAGUCAAUAGCUAAUAAGAUUAAAGAAAAACAAGGUGACAUCACUGAGGAUGAGACUAUUAGGUUCAAGUCCUAUCUACUGAGUAUGGGUAUAGCUAAUCCAGUUACUAGGGAAACAUAUGGAUCGGGUACACAGUACCACAUGCAACUGGCAAAGCAACUAGCUAGAAUGCUGCAGACACCAUUAGAGGAACGAGGAGGGAUCAUGUCGCUCACGGAAGUGUACUGUCUGGUGAAUCGUGCGCGAGGGUUAGAGUUGCUGUCACCAGAAGAUUUAGUAAAUGCUUGUAAAAUGCUGGAAUCACUGAAAUUGCCAAUAAGGCUUCGGAUAUUUGACAGUGGUGUGAUGGUGAUUGAACUCCAGUCUCAUAAUGAAGAGGAAAUGGUAGCUUCUGCUUUAGAAACAGUAUCUGAAAAGGGUUCUCUCACAGCUGAUGAGUUUGCUAAGCUGGUGGGGAUGUCUGUUCUCUUAGCCAAAGAAAGGCUGCUUCUUGCUGAAAAGAUGGGCCAUCUUUGCAGAGACGAUUCAGUGGAAGGCUUGAGAUUCUACCCAAAUUUAUUUCUGACACAAAGCUAAUGUCAUUUGUGUACAAUUUUUUUAUGUAACAGUUGAGAGCAGAGGGCAGAAUCCUUCCAAGAACUGACUUAAAUAUUUUAUUUUGUUAGUCAGCUGCAACAAACAUGAACAUUGCAAUGCUUUACAGUUCUCAGGUAUUUCAAGUGCUGAAUCCUCUUACAUGGAACUGAAAGGAAAUAGAAAUCACAAAGUCAGAAGCAUGUCGAUUGUCUCAAGCCAACUCGGUCAUUUUUCACAUUUUAUUUGGUGUGCUCUGUAGUUUCAAGAGAAUUCAGAUGAAGAUUGCACACAAGUGAGAGUGGAGAGAAUAUCCCUGUAGUCUUCCAUGAGGGUCAGCACCCAGAAGACAGGUUACUGCGUACUCCAAUUGCAGUUUGUUUAUGUCUAGAGCAACAAAGCAGACAGAUGUAUCCGCAGUGAUAAGGAAAGUCAGUUAAAUGUGUACUGAGGUGUAAGGAACAAACCAGUGUAGAAUAACCCUUUCUCCCUGACGUGAUGAACAGUUUUCUAAGAGAGGAUCUUGGGGAUCUGUACUUUGAUACAGAAAGAACUUGCUGCAGGAGAGAUUAUUGUAUUUUAUGUGAAUCUAGAAAUCAUGGUGUUUAUUUUGUCAUAUCUUAUGCUAAUAGCUCAGAUAGAAACAUUGUUAGCACAGACUUCCUCCCUUCUCUUUCCUUGCCAUCCUCCUUCCUGUCAAUUUAUGUUGCACUUUGGGUGCCCUUUCUCUGCUCUAGUGGAGUGGAGCAGCCUCUUGUCACUCUUCCAGUCUCUGUGCUUUAAUGGGCUUGGUUUUUAUCUUGUAGUUUUUACAAAAGAUCAUUUGUUUGUUUCAUCAGCCUGUCACCUGUUUUGGGGAGACAGUUGGUUUGCUUAUCUCUCAUAUGUGAAAAUUAAUAUGUUUUCAGUAUUGAAUGGAGGAAGAAGACUAUCACCCUGUGCUUAAUAAUCACAAGGUAUCAUAUUGUUUGGUAUUCCUCACCCUGUGUUCACACUGAAUGCAAUUUGAUAGCCUCAGUUUUCAUAACUCCAGUGGAGUUGCUACACUACUUGAAGAUCUGUUGUCAUGAUAACAGUUAAGUGGAUGUUUAUGAUCCACAUCACCUAAUUUUUUGGCAUUUUGAAGAGACGAUUUUUAGUAAAUAACAAAAUUAAUUCAAGGUAUGGGCAAGGACAACAUAUAGGUAACUGCAUUGUGGUUGUAAUGGCCAAAUCAACAUUGCAAAAAAGGACAAAAAGGCUUUUAAUAAGAGCCUGAAAAUAUUUUCAGAACUAUUUCAGUGUUACCAUAGCUCAGACAUGGGUUAAGAGCCUGCCAAUAAGGAGUAAAGUGCAGAGAUCCCUACAGUGAUGAUGCCUAGGGUUUGUAGGAUGCUCAUUUAGAUUCAGUGAAUUGUGUCCUCUUGUCACAAGCAAACUUUAGUGCAGUGCUCUCUUUAGGGCAGUUUUCCUCUGCUCCAGGAGGGUGCUAAAACUAAUGUGUUUGACACAGCUAAAGGAACCAGUUCCACAUUGUUCUUACUGUGUUAACCCCUGGUAUCAUCUCUUUGGGGGCCUUACAGCUUGCUGCUUUUCUUCAUCCUCUCCACAACCCACUGAAUGUGAGGUACACUAAGAUGACACUUCUAGGGAGGGACUGAAAAAUGAGAAAUUCAGAUACAAAAAGCUUUUUGUGACAACUGUCUCUUCUGCCCAAUACCAAACCUGUCAUGGGAGACCAAUGGUUUGUGGGCCUGAACCUCUCCCCACAAGGGGGCAUGUCUUGUGCAGAAAGAAUAAAACCUGAAAGGAAAUGGAAAGUGUAAACUCCCAGCCUCUGUUCCUCCAACCUGUUUCGUUAUCUUAAUUAAGCAAUAAUAAUACAGCCUAUUUACAAUAAUGGUACCUUGUCAAGCUUUUCUUUCUCAAUAUUUUUCCUUGAUUUCUUUUUCUACAGAGAAGAAAUCUAUCGGGUAAAUUGUAUAGCUGGUUUAGAGAAAAAUGAGAAAAUGACACAUAAGAAAAUGACUACUAGAAAGUAAUAAAAUUAAAACAUUUUCUUAAACAGA